GGAUAGUCGUGGAUUCUGGGAAGAUAAGCGUACGUGAUCAUGGGGGAUUCUGAAUAGUUACAAAUCCGCUGGACGACAUGGUCAUGUACUCGGUUCGUUACACCGAGAUGCGGUACAGUUUACGCUGCCCUAUCGCUCGAUUCGCAAACGAACCAAACCAGCUACAAGACCGUGUGCUGAGAAAGAGAAAACAGGAGCGUCUUGAGACCUCGGCUUGUGGUGUCUUGGUGCGCGCCUGUAGCAGCUCAAAGCGACAGCCCGCGCCGGUAGAACGAGACCAGGACAUGGGGUGGUGUUCGCUCCCAAAGAAUUUGCAAUCUUCGCCUGCGACCGAGGCUACCCGACUCGACGAUGAUCAAUCUGCGAAGCUUUUCAUCGUGCGCGAGGGCGAAGUCAAGAUCCGCUUGGCCAAACGUCUUCACGAGAAAGUCAGCAUCUCCUACUACCUGCAUCUUCGUGCUCUAGACGACCAGAUGCUAACGUUGCGUCAUGGCGUCCCAGCCAUAUUUCCGCCUCCUCGAGCUUGACGACCACGCUCACCCUGGCCUAAUAC